AGUAUUUAAUUAUUUACUUAGUCGUUUAUUGGCAUUGAGACUGCAACAACAUAAGAUUUAAUGAAAAUCGCAUUCUUGUAAAUAAUGUAUCUAACACUUAAAUAUAUAUUAACUUUAUCUGUGACAUUAAUACCAUUAUUUGAUACAUGUACAACCGCGCCAGCGCGACGCAAAAUUGGAGAAAUCAGCAAACAAAAAUGCAGAGAAGUUUAUUUACACAGAUAUAUUCCUCCAGAACCUGAAGUGUGGAUUAUUGGCGGAGGUGGAUAUGAUGCUAAAGCCAAAGAAUAUCCACACAUGGCUGCUCUGGGUUACGGUGCAUGGAACAAUUUAAAAUGGGCAUGUGGAGGUUCUUUAAUUAGUGAAAAUAUUGUAUUGACAGCCGCGCAUUGUAUUAACACCACAAUAGGUCCUUUGACGUAUGUCCGCUUGGGUGAUCUUAAUCUUCAAAGCUACAAUGAUAACGCUGAUCCUCAAGAUUUCAACGUAACCCGCACCAUAAUCCAUCCAGAUUUUAAUCCUCCAUCAGCAUAUAAUGACAUUGCCUUGGUAGAAUUAGAUCGUCCAUUUGAAAGAACCAGAGAAGGAGACUUUAUUGCACCAGCUUGCCUCCAAACAGACCGAAAUAUUACCAGUGGUAAUUGGACCGCUAUUGGUUGGGGAGAGACUAGUUUUCGCGGUCCAAACGCAGCUCAUUUACAGGUGAUGGAGUUAAGUAAAGCAGAGCACAGUGUAUGCGAUGAAGCGUACUCAAAUUCAGGGAAAAGAAGGUUACUGAAAGGAGUUGAUGAUGAUGGUCAGAUGUGUGCAGGAGACGGACAUAUUGAUACUUGUCAAGGUGAUUCUGGAGGACCACUACAAGUGAAAAAUGCAGAGUAUAGAACAGGUUACACAGUAAUUGGAAUUACUUCUUUUGGAAAACCUUGUAUACUGACUAAAAAACCAGGAGUAUAUACAAGGGUCUCACAUUAUAUUGAAUGGAUAGAAUCUAUUGUUUGGCCUGAAUCAAACCACAAUAAUACUAUAACAACAACAGCAACAUCAAUCAUUAAUUUGGAAUUGACAUUGAAUCAGUGCAGUUUAAUUUUGAUAGAAAUUAUAAUAUUAGCUAAUGGUUUACCCAACGAUGAAUGUAAUCUCGCAAAUUGCACUAGUGUACGAGAAGUUGGCGAAAUCAGUAAACAAAAAUGCAAGGAAGUGUAUUUGAAUAGAAUUAGAAUAGUGGAUAAAAUAAUUGGAGGCGGUGGAUAUGAUGCACAAGCUCGAGAAUAUCCCCACAUGGUGGCAUUGGGUUAUGAUCAUGAUAAUGAAGUAAAAUGGGGAUGUGGUGGAUCUUUAAUCAGUGAUAAAUUUGUUUUAACUGCUGCUCAUUGUAUUGAUACUGCAAUUGGUCCUGUUAAAUAUGUGCGUCUUGGUGCACUGAAACUUGUAAAUUUCGACAUUGAUCUGCAUGAUUCGAAUCCUCAAGACUUCAACAUUUCUCAAUUUAUUAUACAUCCAGAAUACAAACCUCCAUCAGCCUAUAAUGACAUUGCUUUGAUUGAAUUAGACGGUGUUGCAAAAUAUGGAGAAUUUAUUGCUCCAGCAUGUCUUCAAUCGGAAAGAAACAUUACUAAUCCUCGUUGGACUGCACUUGGUUGGGGUGAGACCAGUUACCAAGGACCUAUGGCAGAUCACCUACAAGUGAUGAAAGUAGAUAAAGCAGAGCACACCUUGUGCAAUAAUUCAUAUGUAAGUGCAGGGAAAAGAAGACUACUUACAGGAGUCAAAGAUGAUUCUCAAAUGUGUGCAGGAAAUGGAAAAAUCGAUACCUGUCAAGGCGAUUCAGGUGGUCCAUUACAAAUACGAAAUGCUGAGUACCAAACCGGUUAUACAAUAAUUGGAAUAACUUCCUUUGGAAAACCGUGUAUCCUCACGAACAAACCAGGAGUUUACACACGAGUUUCACAUUAUAUCGAGUGGAUAGAAUCCAUUGUUUGGCCGAUGUAGUUUUUUGCGGUUUGUUAUGAAUGAUAUCCGACAUAAUGCGUAUUAAUUACUUAAGCUUCUGUUGCUUUAAAAUCUAUUAUUACUGUAGCAAAGAUGAAAGGUCAAGCACAAGCACACAGUAAAGAUCAAUAUAAUAUUGUAAUAAAAAUGUUAUUCACACAACA